UAACAUUCGUGCACAUUUCUCUUUGACCCGUUCCUUUACCAGAAUCCUUGGAAUACUCCAUUUCGGGGCAAUGAAUGGUGUUACUGUUGUUAACACCUAUCUGUCCAGGUGGUCGAAGGGAGGUGAAUCGGAAUGUCGGGCAUUCCUUGUUCCACUUCACUCCGCCCCUCCAAAUCCAAACGUCCUCGACGACGUCUUCACCGCCUAUCAGACGCUUCUUUUCUCGACACUCUCGUCAUGGACUAGUAAAGGAGACCUGUCACCCGAGACUUUCGUUGCUUUUGUCCAGUCUGUACUUAACUCUCUCCCUUCCUCUUCCUCCUCGUCAACAAUUACUUCAUCCAAUACUGCCCUCUUCAAAGAGCAAAUAGUCGAUAUCAUAUGGACUGUUGACACAGAAUUGGAUGAAAUCGUGGCUGACGCCAAGGCGACAAUAGCAAAAAGUGGCACCCAAGAAUCACCUGUCGAUAAGUCUGCCGCGCUGUUGAAGGCGAAGAAAGCCAAGCAGGAUGCAGAUGCUGAUAAAGAUAGGGUAAUAUCUAUCGUUAAACAGCUCAUGAACGUUGGCAUCAUCACACCCGCAAUCGCUCGAGAAAGGUUGGAUUCCUCCAUUCUGGCCAAUGUUGGGAUAUUCGCAGACAAAUCAACAUUGGACAAAAGAGAUAUUCGAACGAGGACAGGAUUAUUUUUCAAGCAGAACAAGUUCAAUCUUCUCCGGGAGCAGUCUGAGGGAUACAGCAAGCUCACUACUGAACUUACAAGUAACCUUGGCCCCGCUCAUUCGUCCUCCACCGGUCGACCAACCGAGCGUUGGUCUGCUAUCGAGGAGCGUGCGCGACCGGUUUGGGAAAAGAUCAUCAGUCUUAUUGGCUACUUUGAUCUGGAUCCUAUACGCGCGUUGGAUAUCAUAUUAGAUGUUCUGAGCACCCAUCUCGCCACUCACUACACUUUCUUCAUCGCCCUGCUCUCAUUUUCCCCAUGGGCCGGUUCUUAUCGAAAUCAUUCUGGAGAGGCAUCCAUGUCUGUAGAUGGGUCAGAAAGUCGGUAUAAAGGCAAAACACUUCAAGAAGUCCUCUCAUUGGCCAAUCCAAGGUCUAAUUCCGAGACACCACCGGCAGACCAGAAACCUUCUGUACUAGCCCAAGUUCUAGGUUUCAAAUUCGUCUACUACGCCGGUCCUGAUGUUUCUGAGCCAACGCCCAGAAAUUUAUAUCUGACGUCGGCUCUCCUGAUACGCGAAAAUUUCAUUACCCUGGAAGAUCUGUACCCGCAUCUGUCCCUCCCCGAUGCAGAUUUGGAGCGGUCGCAUGAAGCGUAUUUGGCCGACAUCAAAUCCAGGAUAGCCGCCGCAAAAGUCAGUCAGCUAGCAAUGGCUGCCCCGCUGGAGUCUACACCCUCGUCCUCUAAAACCAAGGCUUCCACUCCUGCAGAACAGAAGCACGAGAACGAAUUCAAAGAUCGCUAUACUCAGAAAAGUGGUAUGAUCGCAGCUCUAUUGGCUGUAGGCGCAAUCAGGCCUGCACUUUGGUUAUUGUCGAAAUUCCCUUGGAUGGUGGAUGCACAACCUGAAAUAGCUGAUCUCAUGAUCUGUAUCAUGAAGCUAUCUAUCCAGCCCCUCUAUGAUUCUAUCUUGGUCACCAAGGAACGUAAUCCAAGUUUCCUGCAGCCUAGGACCCGUUAUGGAACAACUGGUGUUACCCAACCGCCGCCACGAAAACAAGUGCUGACUCUGUGGGCUCCCACUCCACCAUGUUCAGCUACGACAGAAUUUGUUUUCUUUUUCUCAGACUGGUCCGAACAGGUUCCCAUAUGUUCUACUCUGGAUGAUUUGAAGGACGUUAUUGAGCCACUGAUGCGCUUCAUUGGCUUACACGUUUCUCGUGAUACAAUUUUCCUGACGAAGUUCCUAAGGCUGGGGAGGACGCAGCUCCAGACUACGGUUGAAAUGGACCCUAUCACCAAGAAGCCGCUAGGAGAGCCUGACCCUGAGAACCCGAUACGGGUAUUUUGGUUCAGGGUGUUGCGUAUGUAUCUUCUACCGGCUCUUACACUCAUUCGGGGGAAUGCGGUUUGCACCGUUGAAGUCUGGAACAUCAUUCGACAGUACGAAACAACAGCACGGUGGCGUUUGUAUGGGGAGUGGAAAUCUCAUAUAUACGAUUCCCAUCCGGAACUUGGUGUUCGUCGGGUUGAAGCUGACAGGGAGUCGAAAGGGAUUUUACGUCGCCUUUCACAUAACACCAUCGAUUCGCUAUCUGGAACGGUAGCGAAGCUUGCGCACUCCAACCCGUGCAUCUUCUUUAUCAAUGCGGUGAACCAAAUCAUGGCCUAUGACAACCUGGCUAGUGUUGUUAUCCAGGCUCUGCGAUUUGUGACUAACAUGGGCUUCGACGUGUUGGUUUUCAUUAUCCUUGACGCUCUCUCCAAUCAAAGGAAAGAGCGGGUCAAGGACGAUGGCGUUAACACCAGCGAUUGGCUUCAAAGCUUGGCGUCAUUCACCGGAAUGUUAUUCAGACGUUAUAGUGCCGAUCUCACUCCUGUCUUGAGGUAUAUUGUGCAUCAGCUUCAAAAUGGGAUGACAUCAGAAAUCGUGGUCCUUCGAGAGUUAAUAUGGAAAAUGGCGGGCGUAGAGCCGUUGCCUAGCUUAUCUGACUCCCAGAUAACGGCAAUGGCCGGAGGUCCCGCGCUACGCAUAGAAGCUAUUGCAUCAGCGACACGUGGUGCAAGGCUUGAUCCUGCUGAAGCUAGUCUGAAGGGACCAUCCAGACUUGGCAAGACUUUGGUGGAUUCUGGCUUAGCUCUCCCGCUUUUGAUACAGGUAGCUCAGCAGCGGCAGUCGUCGAUCUACAAAGCUCCCGAUGCACAUCUGAAGUCACUGGCCAGUUUAUACGAUACCACUCAUGGUGUGCUGCUUCAGUAUCUGGAGCUUUUGACGUCACCGUCUGUUGUACCAGCUGAAGACUACGCAAACAAGAUAAUACCUCCCAUUAGUGAACUAGGCGAGAAAUAUGGGAUCUGUGCUCCAAUAUGCAUGCAGAUUCUAAGGCCUGUGCUUCAUGAUGCAAUGCUGAAAACGGCAUUAGCUAAGGAUGAACAAAAUCGCCUUGCUAGCGAGGAAGCCGAGAAACGGUUGAAGGCUGCUCUUACGGCAAAGCGCGAACCAUCGGCAGCAAUCUCUCGGGUUGCGUCACCUGCCGUAGUUUCUGCUAAUCCUCCUGAGGCGAACGACGAAUCCAAAGUGGAGUCUGGCAAUGAUGAAGCUGUCAUGGAAGUUGAACCAACACCUGCAUCCGUAGCACCUGAGAGCCCAUGGGUUCCCCAACUAGCGGCGCUAUUCGAUGACGUGAAGGGUAUCGCCCCUGAACGUGCUAUCAAUACCAUUGGACCUGGUUUCUAUCUGACGUUUUGGCAACUCUCUACUUAUGAUUUGUCGCCACCUAUGGCUAAAUAUGACGAAGAAGGCGCUGCACUACGAGCCCUCAGUCACCAGGAGGAUUCCAGAUAUGUGGCUGCAGAUCGUUCCGCGGAUCGCCAGAAACGUCUGACAGCAGCAGCUCAUCGCUCGAAACGGGAUCGAUACAACCAGCUGGUAAAUACCCUGAAUCGGGAGCUGAAGCAGCAGAUCAUAUCCAGGGAAUACACCCAGAAGCGCCUGGCUCAAGAAAAACAGCACUGGUUUGCUCACUUGUCAAGCAGGCGAAAUCUUGCUCUUGUGGAAGCAAUGCUAGAGCAUUGCAUUUACCCGCGUUGCUUGUUAUCUCCCAUGGAUGCUGAUUAUACAGCCCAAAUGAUUAGACUUUUGCAUACACAAGGCACUCCGGGCUUCCAAACAAUUGUUUGCUAUAAUCUGCUACUCAGCGAUGACGUCAAGGUUGUCCUCUUCUCUUGUAGUGAAUACGAAGCGCGUAAUUAUGGUCGGUUCCUUCAUGCUAUCUUGACGGACCUCUACAAGUGGCAUUCCGAUGAACAAGCUUGGUUAUCGGACAACCGGUCGACAGUGAAAGGAAAGACUCUGAUUCAUCCGGGCUUUCAGAAUCGUCCUGGUCAAACCGGCCAUAUAUCGCACUCGGAGUUCCAAAAACUAUUGAGAAAGUGGCAUAUGAAGUUGGUUGGGGCCUUCAUCGACUCCAUAGAAACUGGAGAGUUCAUGCAUGUGUAUAACGCAAUCCUCGUCCUGAAGGAGAUCCUGCCGGUGUUUCCUCUAUCGACAGUUGCUACUCAUGGCGGUGUGAAGCUGAACCAUGCUAUGGAGAAAUUCCUUGAAAAUGAGAAGCGUGGAGACUUGAUGAUUCUUGGCAGAGCUUACGCUGCAACUCUGAAGAAGCGAGAGCCAUUUUGGACACCACCCAAAGUGCCGGCUGGCAAGCCCAAUGGUACAGCGGCACCGAUGAAGGUGCCUACAAACAAUGCUACUCCAGACAAACCUCGAAGUGUUGUUCCCCCGACCGGUCCGAGCGCCCAGUCAGCAGUCAAUGGUGGUGAAAUCAGACGUUCUAAUUCUCAAACGGCAUCGACACCUUCCGCACCACGAGCCCACGUCAGCAAUGGCUCGACAGAGAAGUCAACAAGUAACCCAACAUCAACUAAAUUGACCAUGGAACACGAUAAACGACCUCCUGUUGUCAGACGCGUAGCACGCGACUCUGGCAACGAAUCCCCUCGACCGUCUGCCGUUGAUACGCACGGCAAAUCGGGUGCGCAAACCGGUCGCGCCACGCCGACAGGACCUGCACCAUCCAAGGAGGACGUAAAUCUUUCCCGACGUUCUCAACCUCCGUCGCGGCAUGACAGCCCCGUUGUUGCCACUGAUCUCCCACUCUCUACUCGCCCUGUAGUCAGGGAGGCAGGACAGGCGACCACGAAUCCAGCCCUUGGGAAGGAACCCCCGCAGUCUCCUCGAAGUCAUCGCGCAGGAGAUGAUAAGAUCAACAAACCCGAAGCUCAGCCUACAAUGCCGCCUCCAUCCGUGCCCAGCCAAACCCUUUCUGCCCAGGAGCUUAGAGAGACUGCGAAGCAGUCGAUCCUUCGGUCAGAAAAAAACACCGAUGAUAGAAAUGUCAGACCCGCAGUUGAAUCUCGGAGUCGUAAUGGGUCAGCGGCGCCAUCCCCCCGCCAUCGUUCUAUCUCUCCACCUAGUGGGCCAGGUACCCGAAAUUCUAGCGCUGAUAGCCGGACAAGCAGGACCCGUUCUGAUAGAAGGCCAGCUGACGGCGAUGAGAAAAAGAUCGAGAGGGAAAGCCGUGAAGCACGAGAACCGGGCCCUCCUACCCGUCGCGACAGUAUUACGCAUACUCGCAGUGAACGAGCCGUCCGGGAGCGUACCUCGACACGUGAUAGCGACAAAGAUGGAGAGAGAGAGAAAGAUCGUGACCGCGAGCGAGACAGAGGGCGCGAUAGGCAUGAGAGAGAGCGCGACAAAGACCGGGAUAGAGACAGGGGAGAUAGGGAGAGAGAGAGAGAUCGUGAUCGUGACAGGGAGAGAGACCGCGAUCGUCAUCGGAGAGGUGGAGAGGACAAGGAACGUGACCGUGAACGGAAGGACCGUGACAGCAACACUCGUGGUCCCAACGCCACUGCUCCAGCGCCUUCAGAAACAACACGACCAGGUCGAAGUCAAAAUGAUGACAAUCUUGGGAAAAGGAGGAGGGGUGAGGAGGAGGCUGAGCGAACGCUAAAGCAGCGUGGUUCACGUAAGGAGGGUCAUGACCGAGUGAGACGUUCUGACAAGGGCGCUCAUGAUAGGGAAAGGGGCCGUGAAUACGAAGAUCGUGAAUACGACAGAGUUCGGAGGAGAGACCGGGAACCGUCUGACGCUGAUGGCCGUAAUGUUGCUGGUAACGUAGAGAAAUGACAAACGACCUCCGCCAGAGGCACCAUCAUCUCUGACGAAAGUUCUACCUCCAUCGACCCCUUCGGCGCCCCGAGC